AAAUGAGACAUGCUCAGACUUUCUUUUCUUGCGGACGUGACGCAAUUCUUGCGGGAAACUGCUGCGAACGAUGUGUGCGCUGUAGAUUGGUCGUGUGACUCUCAAACUCUUGUUCCAACAAUGAAAGCGAGACUACGAGUGCGGCGAGUGUACAAGUGGCAAGGAGAACCCUUGAGGUUCGACAGGAAGCUGAAAAACUUUGAAUAUGGCUCUUUGAUCAUCAGUGUGGAGGGUCUACCCAGGCGCAACAUCAUAAACACUGGACACUGCAUUCUUAUUGAGGGUGAAGAUGAAGACAACCCUUAUGUGGCCAAAGUUAUCAAGCUUUUUGGGGAUGAGGGCGGGAUGCAGAAGAAGGCAAUAGUCCAAUGGUUUGUUCGUGCCUCUGAAGUACCUGUGAGCAAGCUGCCGCUGCUCGGAAGAAAGCCGCAUCCACAGGAGAUCUUUUACUAUCAGGGUCGAGGCUGUAAUGAAGAGGUCAAUGCGGAGUCCAUACUCAGACCGGUGCAGGUGAAGCAACUUGAUGGUCCAGCUGCAUUCCCAGACUCCAGUGAUAAAGACACACUCUAUGUUAAGUUGUCCUGGGACACGAAGACUUUCAAGAUGGUAGACUCAGCUCUGUUGUCACCCUCCACCCCUCUUUGCUGUCCCAAAGCUUGCCACCCCAAUUCAUCUCCAAGCUCACUGCCUUCAGGCACUCCUGCAUCUCGAAGAGUGAAACAACGAGCCUUGCCUACACCUGACCCCGCUGUGAUACAACAGGCAGCUUCAGCAGAUCACAGACAUACCGAAGCCACUACGAGCCCUGGAAAGGAUGGUGGCCUGAACGCAGAGUCACUGGACUCAAAAAUCAAACUGUCAGCUUCAAAAUGUCUUGGCACCAAGAGAAAGAAUGCGUCAGCCAGGACACCGGGAGUCCGCAAACGGUUGGAGCUCCACAGUCCGGAGAAGAAGUCACUGCCUUUCAAGGAUGCCUUAAGUCAGCUACUCGAUGAAGAGUUUGAGUCAGAGGUGGAGUUGGCUCAAAAGUUGUCGACAUCUCCCCCUCAAUUGCUGCAUCCAACCUACAACCUCACACCACGCGGGAAGAUGCAUACAACACCUGCCAACUCAGAUUCUAUCUCUCUGAAGCCCUCGCUUGUCAUCAUGAACAAACUGUCUGUCUAUGACAUGGACAUUGAAUCGCAAACCAGAGCUGUUUCAUCCUUGACUGAAGUGGACAGUGAGAGCUCUCUAGUCCCGCUAGCUGCCCCAAAACCAAGAACCUCAAAAAGGAAGUCCGCUCAACUAGUGUCCUCUCGGAUCAAAAAACAGCUAAAUCUUCUGGAUGAACAGCAAAACCUGGACUCAGACACAGAAGACGAGCAAGAGUUUGUUCCAUCCAAUAAGGCGCUGUCUAGUAGUAGUGACGAUGAUGAAAUGAUUCAUGGUGAUGAAAGCGUACAAGUAAAGAAAGGUCGACGGUGUACCGCUGGGACUCUCGUGCCUCGUUCAAAGAAAAACCUGUCGACCACCAGGACAUGUCGUAAAACACCAAACAAGAAGGGAGCGGCCAAUACAUCACAUACUCCUCGCCUUGGCACCCCCACUAUCCCCAGCAGGUUGAUCCCAGCCCGCCACCCUGUCAACAUAUUAGAAGUGGCCAGAACAAGGUUACACGUGUCAUCGGUGCCUGAGUCUCUACCCUGCAGGGAGCAAGAGUUUCAAGACAUUUACAGUUUUGUGGAGACCAAAAUCAUUGAUGGCACAGGAGGGUGUAUGUAUAUCUCAGGUGUGCCCGGGACGGGGAAAACUGCAACGGUGCAUGAGGUAAUUCGCUGCCUGCGGAAUGCAGCCAACAUGAACGAGAUCCCGUCAUUCCACUUCAUCGAGAUCAACGGUAUGAAGAUGACGGACCCUCAUCAGGCGUAUGUUCAGAUCCUUGAGAAACUAACUGGUCAGAAGGCUACAGCUGACCAUGCAGCGUCCCUCCUGGAGAAGCGAUUCACCAACCCUGCCCCCAGAAUUGAAACCACGGUGUUGUUGGUGGAUGAAUUGGACCUUUUGUGGACCAGGAAGCAAAAUGUGAUGUAUAACCUUUUUGACUGGCCAACACGACGUCAUUCCCGCCUGGUGGUUUUAACCAUCGCAAACACUAUGGACUUGCCAGAGAGGAUCAUGAUAAACAGAGUGGCCAGCAGACUGGGUUUAACUCGAAUGUCAUUCCAGCCUUAUGGAUUCAAGCAAUUGCAACAGAUCAUAAUGUCUCGGUUAAACAAAGUCAAGGCCUUUGAGGAUGAUGCUUUGCAGCUGGUGUCCAGGAAGGUGGCUGCUCUGUCAGGUGAUGCUCGCCGGUGUUUGGAUAUCUGUCGGAGAGCCACGGAGCUCUGCGAGCACUCUGCCACCAACACUUCAACCAGAAGAUUAGUGGGGAUGAAUCAUGUGAUGGAUGCACUGAAUGAGAUGUUUUCUUCCUCCUUCAUCACUGCUGUCAAGUCUGCAUCGGUGCAGGAACAGCUCUUCCUUCGUGCUGUCAUCGCAGAGUUUCGGCGGUUGGGUUUGGAAGAAGCAACUUUCCAGCAGGUGUUUAUACAGCACCAGGCUCUGUGUCGGGUGGAGGGUCUGCAGUCAAUAAGUGUAUCAGAAGUUCUUGCAGUCUGUCAACGCCUGGGAGCCUGCAGAUUGUUACUGCUCGAGACAAGUCGCUUGGGUGUCCUGCAGCGGAUCCGCCUUAAUAUCAGCCAAGAUGAUAUUCUCUAUGCCUUGAAAUCUGACUGAAAAAAGGCUAUCCUCUUAAGUUUUCCAUUUUGUCAAAAAUUAAUUAUAGAAUUGAGCUUUUAAAUUGUAACAUUUUGCCAUUGCUCAAAUCUGUGUAUAUUGUCCACUUUGUAAUUGCAAGGUUUUAUUUCCCUCUUUUCCUGUUGUCUCAAAGAGCUGUAUCAUAACCCAUUUGUCUUUUUAUUAUUUGCUGAUGUCAAUAAACUUUACACAUAUGAUUAC